CAGGCCCCAGUCCCUAUUUCUCUCGUGUUACUUAACACGUACGUACGUGCUCAACAACUUGACUAAUUAAUUUGCAUCUAGUCGUAUCGCGAGAUCUCAGGAGCGACCCUUUUCCACGAUUUCUGUCCUGUUUCGAUGACGAAGAUUUUCAGGUGCAGCUACUAUCGGUCGAAGCAACCUGAGCCGCCUGAGGAGGACGAAGAAUCGGCGGCGGGGGAGUACGAGUACGUGGAUCUCGAGGACGGCCAAGGCAAGCGUGGAGGCAGCGGCGAGAAGCCGGAAUCCGGCGGCGGCGUGGACUCUGAUGGGCCGCUCACGAUCGACGUCGUUGGCACCAUUCUCAUCGGCAUCUCGUGCAUAAUGGUAGGCUGCUUCUUCCUGGGUGGCUCCUACCUCCAGGCCGGCCUGGCGGGGCCAGACGUCGCCCUCCUGGUCAUCGCUGGCGCCUUGUUGCUCGCCCUCGGGGCCGCCGCUUUGGCCGGUCUCGCCUUGCGAGGCUACACUGUCUCCUCGUGGUUUCGGGGUUCUGAUUGAGAUAUAUUUUCAUCCAUCAUUUGCUUACUUUAUUGUCUCCAUUAAUUGGAUCCGGUGUGAAUUGAUCUAUUAUUAUAUACUCCUCCUCUCCGGUUUA